UAAAAGGGUUGGAGGUAGAGGGUGCAGUCCAUUCCAUCAUCAGCAUGCACCACGCCUACACCCUCUUGGUCAUGGCAAGCAUCGUCGCCUCGGCCCCGACAUAUGCUUCAGGGUCAUGUUUAAGCUACGGCCAUUCAUGCUGGGGAGCGCACGGGAAAAGGAGCGGGAAUGACGAGACGAGAUGGAUUAUAUCCAAACUUGCCCCCCUUCCAAUCCAACUCCAAAAUAGGCAAGCGAAAUUAGCCCAGAUCCUUCUUGCUCAACAGAACAGGGCAGGGAGUGAGAGUGAUGAAGAUAAUAUAAUGAUGUCCGAAGAGCCUGUGAGGGAAGAAGUGCCGGAGGACAAGCAAGUCAUCAUUAUGGAGCAACCACCUCGGCUCUUCCAGCUUUUGAAACAAUUUCCAAGAUCACUCGAUGCAAGAGAAGCAAUUAUAAAUUAAAAAAUUUGUUUUCUUUCUAACUCUUCUUGUAAAUUAUUUUUUCUAACUUUGAAAAAAUACAUUUUGUUAAAUAAGGGAAAAGUUUAAGCUGUUUAUUGGGUUGUAAAGAUUUGAAAAUUAAAUAUUCACACUAGUUAAAUUAUUUCCAUUGUUAUAAAUCUAUAUGAACAGUAAUAAUAAAAUUAUUUAUUCAA